AUGACAAAGGACGAUUAUUAUACCGAUGAUGAUCCGAGCUUUUGUCAUGUAUUACGAUCACUUGUUUAUGUCACAGCCUAUACAAACGCAUAUACUUCAUAUGAUCCUCAAACAAGCGAAUUUUAUAUUGAUACCUGGGUAAUGGAAGGUAGGCUAUUUGGACAUCGAAAAGUUAUUGAGACGUACGACAUAGGUGUGUUCACCAUUUGUAAUUGGCGCGAAUGGGGCCAUACAAUUGACGAUUUUAUCAGCGGAUUAACAUAUUUGCCAGAAUCUGUCCAAAAACAAGAAUUUACUAUUGCGAUACCACCUUCUGCAGGGAAAGAUCUCCAAGAUUGGCUUCAAGCAUGUGGGUUUAAAGUUCAUCUUUUUGAUGGCUACGCAAACCAGCAUAUAUUUGUUCGGCAAUUAUACGUAGUAUCUCACAUGAGUAAAGCUCACCGAGCAUUUGCAGGUGGUUACUCAUACAUGAGAAGAAAAAUGUUUGAACGCUUUAAUCUUUCGCAAAUAAAUAGUACUAGAUUCUGCGCAAUGAAUAGAGAUACAAGAAGAUACCUUGGUAACUUUAAUGAGGUUGUUGAUGGAUUAAACAAAUACGUCAAAAUCGAUGAUGGAAAAACAUGGGAAGUUAUUCACAAUCAGCAUAAUAUAUACGAACAAGUUAAGUUAUGGCCAACAAUUAAAGUCCUUUUCACUGUUGGAGGCUCUCAGCUGUUUAAUUGCAUGUUUAUGCACAACAGUACUGGUUUAAUUGUUCUUUUCCCCAACAACGUGUUGACAGAACAGAUGAGUAUUGCAUUUCAGAACCACAUGUUUAGUGCUGUUAUAUACCAUAAAGACUGGAAAUUCCUUGACUACGAUCCUUACAAUUGCAGCGUCGACCGCGUUGUAUUUCAUGCAAAACAGGUCGUUGCAGCUGUGAAAUAUCAGAAGUGGCAAUCAACAGAAGGUCUCAGAAAUCUUUUUGAAAAUGUCACUCAUAAAACAUGUCCAGACAACAAAUUUAACCCAAUGCUUGUAGACUAUUUCAUUGAUCAAACAUUAGAUUUUGGCCCUCCUCGUAAUCUUUUUGCUUGA